AGAAGAGGAGGUAGGCCGUUCCCGGCGUGCAGUGCGGGAGGCUGGGACCGUACCGGGGCGGCUGGGGAACCUCCCGGAGGCGGGAGGCGCAGCAGCUGAGGCGUGUUUGCGCUGGCGCCCUGAAUGAGGUGGACCAUGACUGUGCCUUCGGUGGCGUCGUUUGCUAGACCGCUCUUCCCAAGAUUUCUCUAAGCCAUCCCCUGGUGGAACUGCUCCCAGAUUUUGUCCACAAGUGCUUGUGGAAAAGAUGGCUGAUAUUAACCUUAAAGAAGUAACCUUAAUAAUAGGUGUGGUUACUGCCUGCUAUUGGAACAGCCUAUUUUGUGGUUUUGUUUUUGAUGAUGUUUCAGCAAUACUGGAUAAUAAAGACCUGCAUCCAUCUACUCCUUUAAAAACUUUAUUUCAGAAUGAUUUCUGGGGAACUCCUAUGUCUGAGGAGAGAAGCCACAAGUCUUACCGUCCCUUAACAGUAUUGACGUUUCGCUUAAAUUAUCUGUUUAGUGAACUAAAACCAAUGUCAUAUCAUCUCCUAAAUAUGAUUUUUCAUGCUGUGGUUAGUGUGAUAUUUCUUAAAGUCUGCAAACAUUUUCUGGACAGCCGGAGUAGUGUGAUUGCCUCUUUACUUUUUGCAGUGCACCCAAUACACACAGAAGCAGUGACAGGUGUUGUAGGAAGAGCAGAACUUUUGUCAUCUAUCUUUUUUCUAGCUGCAUUUUUAUCAUAUACCAAAUCAAAAGGACCAGAUAAUUCCAUAGUGUGGACUCCCAUUGCAGUGACAGUUUUUUUAGUGGCAGUUGCAACACUGUGUAAAGAACAGGGAAUAACAGUUGUGGGAAUUUGCUGUGUGUAUGAAGUAUUUAUUGCCCAGGGGUAUACUUUGCCAUUAUUAUAUACUACUGCUGGACAGUUUCUUCGUGGAAAGGGUAGUAUUCCGUUUUCUAUGCUGCAGACACUAAUAAAACUCAUUGUUUUGAUGUUCAGUACACUAUUACUUGUUGUGAUUAGAGUCCAGGUUAUUCAGUCCCAACUUCCAGUAUUCACCAGGUUUGAUAACCCAGCUGCUGUAAGCCCAACUCCUACAAGGCAGCUAACUUUUAACUACCUCCUUCCUGUAAAUGCUUGGCUUCUAUUAAAUCCUUCAGAGCUUUGCUGUGAUUGGACCAUGGGAACAAUACCACUUAUAGAGUCAUUUCUAGACAUUCGAAAUCUUGCCACAUUUACUUUCUUUUGCUUUUUGGGGGCUUUGGGAGUAUUCAGUCUCAGAUACCCUGGUGAUUCCUCUAAGACUGUUUUAAUGGCACUUUGUUUAAUGGCAUUACCAUUUAUUCCUGCAUCAAACCUUUUUUUUCCAGUUGGAUUUGUUGUUGCUGAGCGAGUAUUAUAUGUUCCUAGCAUGGGGUUCUGUAUUUUGGUAGCCCAUGGAUGGCAGAAAAUAUCAAACAAAAGUGUAUUAAAAAAAUUAUCCUGGGUUUGUCUGUCUAUGGUGAUAUUUACUCAUGCCUUAAAAACACUCCACAGAAAUUGGGACUGGGAGUCUGAAUAUACGUUGUUUAUGUCAGCCUUGAAGGUAAAUAAAAAUAACGCCAAAUUGUGGAAUAAUGUGGGUCAUGCUCUGGAAAAUGAAAAGAACUUUGAGAGAGCUUUGAAGUACUUCUUACAGGCUACCCAUGUUCAGCCAGAUGAUAUCGGUGCCCACAUGAAUGUAGGAAGAACUUACAAAAAUUUGAAUAGAACCAAAGAAGCUGAAGAAUCUUACAUGAUGGCUAAGUCGCUGAUGCCUCAAAUUAUUCCUGGUAAAAAAUACGCAGCCAGAAUUGCACCUAACCACUUAAAUGUUUAUAUUAAUCUGGCCAACCUGAUUCGAGCAAAUGAGUCUCGACUGGAAGAAGCGGAUCAGCUAUACCGACAAGCGAUAAGCAUGAGGCCGGACUUCAAGCAGGCUUACAUUAGCAGAGGAGAAUUGCUUUUAAAAAUGAAUAAACCUCUCAAAGCAAAAGAAGCAUAUCUUAAAGCACUAGAGCUGGACAAAAAUAAUGCAGAUCUUUGGUACAACUUGGCAAUUGUUCACAUUGAACUUAAAGAACCAAAUGAAGCCCUAAAAAAUUUUAAUCAUGCUUUAGAACUAAAUCCAAAGCAUAAGCUAGCAUUAUUCAAUUCUGCUAUAUUAAUGCAAGAAUCAGGUGAGGUUAAGCUCAGACCUGAAGCUAGAAAACGACUUCUAAGCUAUAUAAAUGAAGAGCCACAGGAUGCUAAUGGUUAUUUCAAUCUGGGGAUGCUUGCUAUGGAUGACAAAAAGGACACUGAAGCGGAGAUGUGGAUGAAGAAAGCCAUAAAAUUACAAGCUGACUUCAGAAGUGCUUUGUUUAAUCUGGCUCUCCUGUAUUCUCAGACUGCAAAGGAAUUAAUGGCUUUGCCAGUUUUGGAAGAGUUACUCAGAUACUAUCCUGAUCAUAUCAAGGGUCUCAUUUUAAAGGGAGAUAUUCUGAUGAAUCAAAAGAAAGAUAUACUUGGAGCAAAAAAAUGUUUUGAAAAGAUUUUGGAGAUGGAUCCAAGCAAUGUGCAAGGCAAACACAAUCUUUGUGUUGUUUAUUUUGAAGAGAAGGACUUACUAAAAGCUGAAAGAUGCCUGGUUGAAACAUUGGCAUUAGCACCACAUGAAGAAUAUAUUCAACGCCAUUUGAAUAUAGUCAGAGAUAAAAUUUCCUCAUCUAGUCUUGUAGAACAGCCAAUAUUCCCAGCUAGUAAGACUUCAGGUGUAGGAAGAGACAAAAUUCCAACUGAAAAUGUAAAGGAAAUCAAAAGUGAACCCAAACCCACACAGAUAGUAAAAACAAGUGAUAAUAAAAGUCAGUAUAAAUCCAACAAACAAUUAGGAAAAAAUACAGACAAAGAAGUCCCGCACAAAACAAUAAAAGAAAUAAAAGAAAUUGAGAAGAAAAGAGUUGCUGCUUUAAAAAGACUAGAAGAGAUUGAACGUAUUUUAAAUGGUGAAUAAUAGCGUUACUCUUUAUGAUGUGACAGUGGUUUCAAAGAAAUUCUUCUAUAUCCUGUGAUUACUUAUACUGGGAGCUUUGAAAAAUACCAAGGCUACUUAAUCAGUCUAUCAUGAACUGCCUCUACAUAGGAUCAAAAUAAGAUUUUCAUUAAAGACCCUUUCAUUACCCCAGGGUAUGUAUUAUAUAAGAUGUGAGAGUAGUUUUCUGAGUUUUGGUGACUAGCAGGAAUAUUAAAUUACAGGUGGCAAAUUUGUGUCUUACAGAAGGAAAAUUCUUUUGGCAAAAUAGUAUUGACUACUCUCAAUUAAAAAUAAUCUGAGGCCUGAAUGGUAGUUUCAUAGGGUCACAUCCAACAUGUGCUGGUUUAUUCUGUGAAUUCACAUUUAUUAGCUAGCUUCAUUUUUCCUUAAACUUUCCUUAAACUAUGGAUUGAAAACACUUGCUAAACACAUUCUUUUUUCUUCAGUAACCUUCUAUUUAACCAAGGGACUUUGCACUACAAAAGAAUACUGGCUUUCUUUAUGUUGUAUUCUUUUUUUUUAUUUUUAGAGGGAAUGCCAGAUGAAACAUUUCAAAAUAAGUCAUGUGACAUGUUAGUUUAAGAAUGUAUUUUUGUAACUGUGCUUGUCCUUAACUUCACUCAAAAAAUGCAGUUUUUAAUCAGGUAAAGUUUUAAAUAUAUAUACACACUUCUAAUGGUGCUCAUAUAUACUGUAUUUUCAUUUUUUUUUACAUAAUGAAGAGUUUCACAGCAUGAACCACAUAAUCAUGACUAUCCUAGACUUUUAUUUCCCAAAUUAUUCAUGUUUCUUAAGGUCAUAGUCAUAGUGAGAAGUCCCAGUAACUGUAACUUUAUUAAACUUUUGAGUUAUAACAGUUUCUCUUUCAUCUUGGUGUUAUCUCUCUACUGUUACUUGAAUUUUAAUUUAGUUUCCAAAAUCACACAUUAAUUAUUCUUAGAUACUUAAACUGAGUUCUGUUUGACUGAAGGCAAAACAAUGUGACAAAGUUUAUUUUUAAACACUAAGUUCUUGAUAUCUUCUUAUGGUGUAUAUUUUUAUUAAAUAUUUAUUUUGACUACUGAGCUUUCAUAAAAAUUUUAAUGCUGUUUCAAUUCCAUCAAGUAUGGAAAAUAAAUUGCUAUUGCAUUUUUCUAUAUGUCCAUAUAUACAUACAUGUUUAGCCAAAUUGUCAUCUGUUCAGCUAUUAAAAAGAUAAUUAGCCUAGAAUAAGAUUAAUAAGUCAUUUGUAAGUUUUAGCAGAUUUAAACCUGAAAACUGUUCAUUUAAAGAGUAGAUAUAAAUCAGACGUAUUAAUUUAAAUGACUUUUUUCAUGAGUUAAAAUACAUUUCAGAUGAGUUUUAUAAUACCUGAUAAAGUUAACUUUCAUUUAAAAUGUUUAAAGCCCAAGCUGUCAUCCUGGGGUAGUAACUAAUUUCUAAUUAUGUGGCAUUUCAAAAACUGUAUUUCUGUUCUUUUGAGAUAAUUUCUAAUUAUGUUUCAAAAACCGUAUUCCUAUAACAUUUUUUAAAAAAGAACUGUUUUAUAAGUAAGUAAUAAGAAACAUGGUCUGCAUUGAAGACUUACUCUUACUAGAUUCUUUGAGGCUCUGUCAUAGAUUAUUUUUUAGGCAAUAUAAAGUAAGUACUGAUACCAAUGGUAGUUGAUUUUUUGAUUCAGGAGAUUCUAAUAAGCAUUAAAGCAAUAUCUAAUUUCAGUUCUUAAAUUAUAGCUUUGUGACUCCAGAUACAAGGUGGCGAAUACCUCAUAUACUAUAACUUGAAAAAUGAAAUGUUAUUGUUAUGUUCUCUGCACAUAUCUUGAGAAAAAAUUUGAGUUUGAUCUCAUGUGUUAUAAUAUCAAGUGGGGAUAGUUCAGAAAAGUAGAAGGAAAUCUUUCAUGACAGCAGACCGUAAUAAAUGCUUUGAGUAGUAUUUUAAUUGUGUAACUAUUCAAAAGGUAAAAGAUAUAUUAAUAUUAUCCAAUGAUUUUAUAGAAAAAAGAAUUUUCUCCAUAUUAGCAUUUAGAACAGUGCCUAUCAUGUAGAAUAUGUUCAUAUAUUUGAAUUUUAAAUAAUUUAUUUAAAUCAAAUCCACCCUGAGUAAGUAAUAAUGUUUCCAAAUCAAUGUUUCUCAACCCUCAUUUUAUAUUAGAAUCAUCUGGACCCCACCUCCCAACAAUUAAAUCUGAAUGUCUUAGGAUAGAGCAAUGUUUCAGUUUUUCCAAAAACUCCCAGUGAUUCUAAUUUGUAGUGAGGGUUAAGGACCACUGCUCUAAAUUAGUUCAAAAAAUCCUCUUCUCUCUCCUGUGUUAACUUUUAAAUUAAUGAUAUAACCCAAUUAAGUUUUGAUGUUUUAACUUCCAUUAAGGAAUAUGCUCUUUUAAUAACUAGUAUUGAUUCCAUCUUAAGUUCUAUCAAGCUUGCUUAUGUGUAAGAUGAUUAUUUCUUCUCUUUAAACUCAUAAUAGAAGUUUUAUUCGAGCUCUUCAGGUGAAAAAGGUAAUGGAUUUUUUUUUUCUUUCCCCUUUGGAGCUGUCAUUUUGGGAAAAUGGAGAGUAAGGACAUUUUAGCCCAGUUCGCUAGCCUGUAUUUCUGAAUUGUGAGCAUCUGUAAGUUUGGAAAAGAAAGCUUAUAUACUGGUUUAUAUGCUGGUGAAGGGAUGUAGUUUUAGUUCAUGUUAUUUUACAAAAGAAUCUAUAUCCUAGGAGUUCUAGGAAGCUUUGACAAUCCCCAAGGAGCAAUUAGGUUACUCCUUCACUGCUUCUCAGAAGGAAGAAUUGAGUUUUUCUUAAUAUUGCUCCUAUAUAUGUUUCCUUACUAACAUUCAGAAUUGGGAAUUUUAUAAUAAUUACUCCAGUAAGUAAUUUUAUGUAGUUGAUGACUUGGAGGAUAAAACAAAUAUGUUUGCAAUUUUGUGCUUACUUUUAUGUAGAUACUUGGUAUGUGAAUUACUCGAGUCUAAUAAAACCUCAUGCCUUUCAUUACAUGUAAUUUGAGCUCUCAACUUCAUGUUAUAGAAUGCUUCCUUAAAGAUGCUUUAAUGAAAAAUAUUAUGAAAAUAUAUAGAUUUGUAUGUCAGUUUAUACUUCAGAAAUCCAUAUAUUUGUCAUAUUUAUUUUUUUAAAAAACCUAAUUGUCUGCAUGACUAAAUGGUAUUUAAAAUGAACCCUCAAAAAUAUCUGGUACCUUUGUCCAAAGUUUUGUUUGUUCGAAGCUGUCAGCCACCCAUGUUAAGUUUUCAUAGAAUAGUUUAUAAUUGUGUGCAUUUUAUAUUACUAUGGUGUCUGUGUACCAUAUUUCUAAAUAUUCAGUAUUAAAUUGAUACUUUUUAAAACUUUAA